GUAGUGCAGAGACGGGGAAGUGAACAGAAACGAAAAGAGACUGUGCAAAACAGCCCCCACCCCUCCUCUACGGGAAAUGGGUCUCAGGCUGAUAAUGAGUAAGGGGAGAAGCUCAUGUAACGCUGAUGCAUCUGAAGCUACGCAGCUAUGGAGGAAAGGGCCCAGUGUCAAAUGAGGGGAGACUGUGAUUGGCCCCUGCAGCCUGUGGUCUGUUUGUGUCUCCAGUGGAUCAAAUACACCUUCUUCCCUUAAUAUCUCUGUGUUAUAUAAGAAAGCACACAUUUAUAUGCACAACUCCUGAGCUACAUCUCUCUAAGGCUUCACUAUGGAAGCCCGUUUCCACAACAGAGUAAAAAAUAUGAAAGGUUUGUGCUUUCUACAUCCUUGUAUUGUGGGUGCAGUUACAUCUUCCAACCGCAUGGAGGCGCAGCAGGCUUCUCCUGACAGCAGCAGUGAGGAAUGUACUGUACUAGAGGCUCUGCCUGGCAAGGGAACAGCGCUCAUUUGCUCUCAACACAAAGGAAAAGUGUCUGUGUUGUACUGUUUGGCCUGUGAGAAUUGCGUAUGUGAGGACUGUAUGAAUGGAGAACAUGCUGAGCACCCCACUGAUUCACUGGAAAAUAUUGUGGACCAACAGCUAGCGGCAUUACAGGACAGAGUGGAUUCAGCCAAGAACAGGCUUCCUCAGAUAAGAGAGGCAGUUCAGAGUUUGAGAGACAUUCUGCAGCAGUUGAACUCUCAGCGGAGCUCCAUAGAGGAAGACAUCCACUCCUCCUUCAGUGAGCUGCACAAAACCCUCGAUACACGCAAGAGCGUCCUGCUCAUGGAGCUGGAAGUCACUUCUGGACUGAAGCAGAAGGUUUUGCAGGCUCAGUUGGACACUCUUCUGCAGGAGGAAGCUGCCAUCAACUAUAACUGCAGUCUGACCGGUGAAGCCCUGGACAGGGAAAACAAGGCUGCCAUCCUGCAGACCCAUAAAGACGUAGGAGAGAGACUCAGUGACCUGGCCAGUCAGGGCCUUCCUCUUCAGCCUGAGGAGAACGACCAGCUGGAUCUCAUGAUGGAGAUCGAAGGACUUCGCAAGUCCAUCCACAACCUGGGGACUAUCGUCACCACCAAUGCCGUGGCCAGUCAGACCGAGGCGACAGGGGAGGGUCUGGAACAGUGCAUCGUGGGCCAGCUGGCAACUGUCAUCAUAACCACAAGAGACAAGUCUGGAGGACUGUGUAAGACGGGUAACGCCAUCAUCUCAGCUGAAGUCUGCACGCCGGAUGGCAGCGUUGCAGACGGCGAAAUCGUGGACCAUAAAAACGGAACGUAUGAAUUCCAAUACACGGUGAAGAAAGAGGGAAAUUUUAGUCUAGCGCUUAGACUUUAUGAUCAGCAUAUUAGAGGAAGCCCCUUCCAGUUAAAGGUGACCUGCUCUCCGGAUGAUUCUCCACCCACCACCACCGCAGCCAAUGCUACAUCCACGGGUUCCAGCGAUGGUGGGGCGCGGAAACGGAGCGCAAAGUCCCCGGGGAGCAGAAGCCGGCAGAAAGGCGUCCGACGGGCAGGAAGCUUGUUCAGCACCCCGAAAAAGAGAGUGAACCCGAUUGAGGAUGACCUCAUUUUUAGAAUAGGAACAAAAGGGAGGAAUAAAGGAGAGUUCACUAACCUCCAAGGUGUAGCAGCUUGUUCUGAAGGAAAAAUCUUAAUUGCAGACAGUAACAAUCAGUGCGUGCAGAUAUUUUCAAGUACAGGAGAGUUUCAGAGCCGGUUCGGAGUGCGUGGCCGUUUACCGGGACAGCUGCAACGGCCCACUGGAGUAGCUGUGCAUCCAAACGGGGACAUCAUCAUCGCUGACUAUGACAAUAAGUGGGUUAGCAUCUUCUCCAGUGAGGGCAAAUACAAGGCUAAGCUGGGCUCAGGAAGGCUGAUGGGUCCAAAAGGUGUAUCUGUGGAUCAGAACGGUCAUGUUAUCGUUGUGGACAACAAGGCCUGUACGGUUUUCAUCUUCCAGCCCAGCGGGAAACUCGUCACUAAGUUUGGCAGCAGAGGAAACGGUGACAGACAGUUUGCAGGCCCACACUUUGCAGCAGUCAACAACAACAAUGAAAUAAUCAUCACAGACUUUCAUAACCACUCUGUUAAGGUGUUUAAUGCAGAUGGAGAAUUCUUGAUGAAAUUUGGCUCAAAUGGUGAAGGGAACGGGCAGUUCAAUGCUCCCACAGGGGUUGCCGUGGAUGUCAAUGGGAACAUUAUUGUGGCAGACUGGGGAAACAGUCGGAUACAGGUGUUUGACGGAAGUGGAUCGUUCCUGUCCUACAUCAAUACGGCGGCAGACCCUCUAUACGGGCCGCAGGGUCUCGCGCUGACCUCAGAUGGCCAUGUUGUGGUGGCUGAUUCUGGGAACCACUGCUUUAAAGUGUACCGCUACCUGCAAUGAUAUCAGACAGACUCUGAUCUAAGACGCAAAGAGAAUCAAAGUCAUUGUAUGUGUCCAAAUCUUGCACUUAAUGUAAUGUAAUGGUAUUCUUCCUCCUUGGUUUCCACAUCUUUUUGUAUUUGUUACUAAUGUCGGAUAACCUUCUAAGAAGACCACAGCUUAUAAACACUGUUUAUGGGAUGCCUUUGCCAAACCUCCACACUACACUGUGGAAAUACUGAGACAUCAGAAUGCAUUGGUGAGUGAUCUACUACCUAAGCUGAAACUCUGCUCCUAUGUGCUGCAUGUGUGGACCAUGCAUGCGCCGCCAGCUUUUGGACACAUCCGAGCCCCAUCUGACUUCUAGGAUGCUAUUAGAACACUAUCUCAACACUUUUAUGAACCUUUUGUUAGGGAUAUGUUAUAGAGAUGCAGCCAAGAGAGCAGACAGCGAUAUCUCAUGUCUCCAAGCUUUAGGAUUCCCUCCUCGACCUGUUCGUAUUUUACAGUUGACUAAUAAAUGAUUUGUCAAAUGUUUGGAAUAACUAUGUAAUAAAGUCUUUUAUGCUCAUCAAGGCUGCAUUUAUUUAAACAAAAAUAGUAAAAACAGUAAGAUUGUCAAAUAUUAUUACAGUUUUACAAUUGUUUUCUAUUUUAAAAUGUAAUUCAUUCCUGUGAUGUAAGCUGAAUUUUCAGCAUCAUUGCUCCAGUCUUCAGUGUCACGUGAUCCUUCAGAGAUCAUUCAGAUUUUCUGCUCAAGAAACAUUUCUUAACAUUAACCAGGUUGAACAAUUGUGCUGCUUAACUAUUUUUUAUAACUUUUUGUGGCAACCAAGAUACACUACUAAACAAAACUUUGAGAUAAAGUAGAUUAAAAGAAAAGAAAUUAAUACUUUUAUUCAGCAUGGAUGCAUUCAGUUAUUCAAAAGUGAUAGUAAAGACUUUUAUAAUAUUACAAAAGAUUCAUAUUUCAAUUCUAUUAAUCAAGGAAUCCUGAAAUAAGUGUACAAAUGUUUCCACAAACAUAUACAAUAAUCCACAACAGCAAUAAUUAUUUUCAACAUUGAUAAUAAUAAGAAACAUUAUUAAUAUCCGAGCACCAAAUCAGCAUAUUAGAAUGAUUUCAGAAAGUUAUUUUAAAAAAAAUCAGAUGAUUUCUUGAUGUGACACUGAAGACUGGAGUAAUGGCUGCUGAAAAUUCACAGGAAUAAAUUACAUGUUAAAAUAUAUUCAAAAUGGAGUUAUUUUAAAUUGUAAUCGUACUUACAGUAUUUUCUUUUAAUCAAAUAUAUGCAACACUGGUGAGCAUAAGAGACUUAAAAACACUCAAUAACGUUAAAAAAAUAUCCAAAUUAUUCAAAAUCUUUAACUGGUAGUGUUGGCUGGAUUAUAAUUUCACAAACUUUGAUCAUAUUCCACUUGUGUCUGUAUAAUUAAUCGUUUUCAGUCCAAUCAGAGCAACUGCAAAAAGCAAAAUUACAGUGUGGUAUUGAAACAUCACGAAUAACAUUUGAAUAAUUUGUGGUGUGUAAUGACAUACUGUGUGUACGCGUGUAAGAGACUAACAGUAAUUACACAACGCACUGUUGCCUUGCAUACUUCCAGAAUAAAACUAGCAGCAUAUGGCUCUUUAUUUAGAUAAUAUUAGGACUCUCUAUUUUCCUUACAAAUGCUAUUAAAAACUAAAUAGCUAUAUAUUUGUGUAUUUAUCAUGAAUAAUGUUUCAAAGAAAAGAUGUUUGGGUUUCAAAUGCAAAUGCAUAGUUAAAAGCCAGACAUUUUCAAAGAAUUGAUUUUGAUUUGUCGAUCAUUCUCUUGCGUAUCCCAGGAUUCUUAGAGGCAUGAUUCACAUACUGUAGUAGUAAUGAUGUCAUACAAAUUUAAUCAUAACUGAAUGGCAAUAGUAUUUCAUCGUCAUUACAAUGGUCUUUUUUUUUUGUUCUUGCUUAUAUUCAAAUUCCAGAAUGAGUUUAUUUUGUUUGUAAAUUGUUUGUAUAUGCAUAGUGUGCUGAUUUGCUUCAUUUUCUGUAUAUGAGGAUUGUAUGUAAAGAAUGUUUUGUAUGUUCAUCAGAAAAUAAUUUUACUUAAAUGUUAUUGUUUUAUGUCUGUACAAAAAAGAUCAGCCUUAACAUUUAUCAUUGUUUUCGAGUUAUUGAUAAAAAAUGGUUUCAAUGGAAUAUUUUUUAUUUUAGUUUAUAGUUUAGUUUAUCUAGUUGAUGUGUGCCUGUUUACGAUUUAUGACAAUAAUCCUGCUUGGACUGUGUUGAUUUUUUCAAUUAAAAAUCAUUAUCGCUUCAUAUCAUGAACAUGCUAACGUACGGCGCAUUAAAAAGUGGCUUUGGAAAA